CGCUUCUAUACACUCCUGUAUGCUUGCCACACCUUCCAUGGCACCAGAUCCACUGAAUAAUGCUUCAAAUUCUUCCUAUAUGCUACUUCGAGUGUUGUUCUUUCGUUUGGUCCUUGGUCUUCAAGUUGAGUCUUCCCUUUCCAUGGAGAUAAUUGCCUUUUGGCUGUGGCUUCAACAAGGGAAUGGCCAAGUUGGUUACCUUCAGCACAUAUACUCUCUUGGUGACAACCAUUUUCGCGUAAUUGUUUCUUCUGCAAAACGUUUUCUGGAAGUUCUCCAUUUUGCGUUCGGUGGUUCAGAGGCCAGAUCUAUACCAAGAAGUGACUUUCAGAACCAAGCUAUUGAAGGAAUUUCUCUCUACCUCAAUACUAUCUGUUAUGAGGCCUUAGAAGAUCUUCGAGAAAGGAUAGAGAUGAAUUUUGUCCGUAAUCAGAUGACAUACCUGCGCCAAGAAGCCUAUGGACAGUCCAGGACUGAUCGGGUUCCUGCUGCAAGCUCGAUGACGGAUCUAUACCAAGAGGCCUAUGGAGAAUCAUCGCAUGAACAAAUUCCUAAUAUCUCAAUGACAGAUCUAUACCAAGAGGCCUAUGGAGAAUCAUCGCAUGAACAGAUUCCUAAUAUCUCAAUGACAGAUCUAUACCAAGAGGCCAAUGGAGAAUCAUCACAUGAACAGAUUCCUAAUAGCUCGAAACACCUUCUUACCAAGAUCAAGGCUUUGUAUUCUAACAAUCCGAAGCAUCAUGGAGAAGGCACAAGUUCUAGAAAUAUCCGUGUUCAAACAAGUCAAAUAUGUCAUGGAGAAGGCUCAAGUUCAAGAAAUAUCCAUCCUCAAACGAGUCGUAUGCUCCACCAUGAUACAGAGGACGAAGUAUAUGAUUAUCAGCCAACCUCCCAUUUGGUCACAUUGCUGGAUAAGUUGAGCUUAAGAGAGAACCAUAAUGAUGCAAUCACGCAACGCCUAUCUGAUGUUCCACCUGAUGAGAGAACUUUGUUCGUGACAUUUUCUAAUGGCUAUCCACUGACCAAGGAUGAACUACACGAAUUUUUUAUGAGUAGUGGAGGCCCCUGGUUAAGAGCUACGGCAUCGACACCACGGACCUACUCAGCUCUCCCUUCAGGGCUACAUCGAACUCGCUGUCACCAAGGGUGCAAGCUCUAGCUUAGUGGACAUCCGAUCAUCAUUUACUAGUUUUCUUUUGGUACCUGGCUGUUGGCCUAUGUGUCGUUUUUGAAUUGUUCAUGUGGGAUUUGUUGGUUGUUGGUUGUUCGACAACUUGUGAGACUUCUUUAAUGGUUGUAAUUGGUGUUGUGAAUC